AUGAGCAGGGAGAGACCAAGAUCUCUCACACCUCAGGGAAGGGCUUCACAGCGAAAACACGGCUUGAAGGUGCAAACUUUGCCUCUCCCGCCUGAGUUAAAGAGCUACGACAGCGUCAGGACCACCCAGGAAUUGGAAGAAAACGGCGAGCCAGAUGAGUACCGGCGCAAUAACCCACAAUCCAGUUUUGAAAAAGAUGAAGACUUCAAGUUCAAGAGGCAUAAGCACAGGAAUAACGCGGGAACGGCUAGCCUGGGGGAGCGGCUGGACAGUCUGCAUGAGCUGCAGAAUGCACGUUGGGUGGACAACUUUAACUCCUCCGUGAAUAUGGAUCGACGUGCACGCAACUCUCAGCGGGAGAACCCGUCACAGGAGUCCCAGCGUUCCAUUCCCGCGCUCCCUGCACAGUCAAUCCCGCCCUCAUACAUGCCCUACAUGUACUAUUAUCCUUUCGCGCCAAUGGUGCACCCAAUGUCUACAUCGCCCGCGCGGGCCGCGAACGGCGAGAUGCCUCAGUAUAUUAGUUCCUCGCAAGGGUACCCCAACACAUCAACACAACCAUUCAUGCCGCCCAUGCCGCCCAUGCCGCAGCCAAAUACUCAGUUGAUGCCUCCGCCUCCUCUUUACCCAAACUAUUCCUCUUACAACUACUACAACAAUGCCAACGAAGAUGUGGCAAAGAAAAGUCAGAGGAGAAGAGAGAAGAGGAGCUCUCUAAUGGCUCAGCGAGGAAGAAGGCUAUCACUACUCUCAUUCCAAGAAAACAGCCAAAUUAUUUCUCCUCACAAAGACGUACCGGAACGUGACUUUUACAGGCACAUUGCAAAUACAUCGUUUGGGCAGGACCUACAAAUACGGCAGCUUUUUAGUUGGUGUUUAAUUCGGUGUUUGAGAAAGUGGGAGUCGAACGAGCAUCAGCCCAGUAGAGAAGAGGCUAAGUCAAACGAAGAGACGUACGCGGACCCUAAGAAGAUUGCCUUGACAAUUGUUAAAGAGUUCGUAGAAGAGCUGAGGAAGGGCAAAACAGAUGUCAAUUGGGAUGCUGAAGAAUACACAGACAGCAGCACAGAAGACAAUACACAAUUUCAGGAAGAAGACACAGAGCUGCGGGAGCUUUUUGAUGAAGACGACGAUGACACUGAUAUUCUGCACAGCCGCCCCAGGAAGAGAAGGCGACAGCAACCUCUCAAAAUACCGAACGAGAAAAACGUGGAAAACGCCAAGAAUUUGAAGGUCUUGGAGAAGCAGAUCUCGUCUUUAGAAGAGGAGAUCAAGACGUGGAUCCAAGAGCUUGACAAAAUAGAUCACACUAGUGAAUGGAGAAGCUUCAAGUCCCAAUUAAUCAAACUCGCCACCGCAGAAAUUAAGCCUGCAUCUCCAAGCCCUUUACUUCAUGAUUUGAAGACAGAACUUGAGUGCAGAGUGGAAAGUUUACGCGUCACGUCCCAUUUCCUGCAUUCAAACUCCGAACUACUGUCGCUGAGCACUCAACAAAAGGUUCAAAAGCUCACACAAUGUAUUAACAAUGGGGUUUUCUCCGCGCGGACGGACCCUCAAACGAACAAGCAUACAACAAGAAACCUACUGCGGGGACUUAGUAGAUCAUUAACUAAAGAAGACAGUCCAUAA